GUCGUCACUGUUUGAGUGAGCGCGCGAGCGUCAAACAGUAGUAGCAUGAAGUUUGCCUAGUUGUGUACCAUUUUGUUAACAUAUUUUGGUUUCUAAUACUAACUGACUGACUCCAGUUUUGAAAUGGGCUCAAGGGUGAUAUCGAGGGCAAAGAUGUUUUUCAGUGUUCUUCGCUCUUUUCAGGAGGGAAGCAGUGAUUCAUGUUCAUAUGAGGACGACAUCCAGAUAUUAAAGAUAAAUGGGAAUAAAAUUGCUGCAGUAAAUUUGUACUGUGGCAGCCAGACAGUGUUUGUCUGCGAAAAGGCUGUUCCAAAAUUAAGUGAACCAGAUGACGAACAAGUAAUUGAGAGAUCAGAAUCUGAUGCUGAUGAUGGUUGUGAUGUUCUACAAAAUGAACAGGGACCGCAGCCGCUUACAGUCACAAAAGCAAGACAGCUGCUGUCUUUGUACACAUUAUUUCAAAACUCUGGCGUGUCAGCCGUGGACAGCAGUUUUGUUUUACACCCUCUCUGGGUUCGAUGUGACAUGUCUGAUCCUGCUGGAACAACUUGGUUUGGUGCUGAACCAGUCUGCGUGGGAAAUAAAGUGACUGGUGUCAAAUUGUACUCUGUAACCUGCAAAGGUUCCACUGUGGACAAACCAUCUCUGCUUACCUUGGAGGAACUGAAACAAGAGCAUAAGAAACGACAUCAUCCAUCCUCAAUGGGGCUUAAAGGAAAUGCCAGGUUCAGCUUGUUUGGCUCCACUGUUUUUGAAAACACCAUCAUUGAGUCACAGAGCAGUGUGACCGUGGAUUUCAAAUGGAGUCACGUGGAGAGCGUACUUGAGGCUCCUCCUUUGUCUUCAACAGCAACAAUGAAUAUCAAAGUUGCCAGUGGAGAUAUGAGAAGUCCGAUGUUUGAGAUGUAUAGGGAGCUGGAGUUUCUUCGGAGUCUUGCAGAUUGUUUGAAAACCGGUGAGACUGAAUGGAUGGAGCCCAUAGAAAGCACUUCAGCUGUAAAUGUGACCAAGGCCUACCUUGAAGAACUUAAGACCACUGCAAUAACGUCACAAGACCAGGCUGCAAAAACAGCAGAGCUGAAAUCUGAGACGGACCCCCCCAUUUUCAACUGUUUCUUGGAAAGAGGCAACCUGGAUUUUGUGGAGCAGCUGUGGAUUCGGUUAAGAAAAAGCGUGACAUCAUAUGAGGACAUCAGAGACAGUUUGAAGUUGGUGAUUGAAGCUCUAAGAUAUGACGAUAUCAAGCCUUGGAUUCACAGAGACAGCAGCAGCUCCCUCAGUAAGCUUAUUCUGCAGUCCUACCACCAGCAGAUCGAACACGUCUCUCUUACAGGUGUCACCCCCAUUAUCAUGCUCCUGGAGAUGGGUCUGGACAAGAUGAGAAAAGAUUAUAUCAACUACCUGAUUGGUGAAGAACUGACAACUCUAAACCACUUGUGUUACUUCCUGAGCACAGAGGUUGAUCUGCAGGAGCAAGUGGUCCGACUCAGGAAACUGCACCAUCUGCUGGAGAUCAUUGUGACCUGUGGAACCUUCCUGGCUCUGCCCUACGACCGCCUCUUUCUUCUCACACAGUAAACCCCUUGGUUUUUUAAAAACG